AUGGAAAAUCCUGGUGAUGGUGGCAACUCAACAACAAAUGAAACAAGCGAUUGGACCUGCCCAUUACACCAAGAAACAGUGGUCACACAAGUCGCAAAGACUCUCGCGUACUCAAUUAUCAUUUUUCUUUCGCUGGUUGGAAACUCGAUUGUUAUAAUUACCGUUUGGCGGAAUAGCAGUAUGCGAAGCGUCACAAAUCUCUUCAUAGCAAACCUGGCCGCAAGCGACCUGUUGAUAACCAUUCUCUGUAUGCCGAAUAUGAUAACACAAGUGUAUUUGGGUUUUAAGUGGAUCUUUGGCGCGGCCAUUUGCAAGAUUGUCGUGUUUUUCCAAAGCGUUUCUGUGGGAAGUUCAAUUCUCACCCUUUUAGCUAUUUCAUUUGAUCGCUUCUGGGCCAUCGUAUUCCCGUUUAAACGGCGACUUUCGUUCUUCGUAGCCAGGAUCAUUUUGCUGGUGAUAUGGGUGAUCUCUUUAUCGGUUAUGGCGCCAUUUUUGUAUGCCCAAAGGGUCAUUGUUGGAAGCGAUGGAUAUGAGCAUUGUAUUGAGGAAUGGAGCCCGGCCUUUAAUCCAGUUACCGCUCCAAAGGAUUUCACUCUGAUCCUGUUUACAACACUGUACGCCUUCCCACUACUAACGAUGGUCGUGAUGUAUUCAGUUAUUGUCUCUAAGUUAUGGCGAAGACAGAUACCGGGUAUACGCUCGACUCGAGAAGACCUCAGAACUCGCGCGUUAAGGCGAAAAGUCGUGAAAAUGUUGAUCACUGUAAUAUCUUUGUUUUGCAUUUGCUGGCUUCCAAUCUAUGUGUAUCAGUUUAUUUUGUUUUUUGACCCCCACAAACCACCUUGUUUUGACUCCUCACUAACUUUUUAUUUUACAUCGCUUUUGUUGGGCCAUGCUAAUUCCGCUGUCAACCCAUAUUUGUACGCGUUAUUUCACAGAAAAUAUCGACAGGGUUUCAAAGCGGCCUGCACCUGUACCGCGAUCCCCGACAACAUAGGGUUUAGCCGGACAUACAGCCGAAGGAAAAGCUCAACGAGCUCUACUUGGUUGACAAGAUCUAACAGAUACUCUAUCGCCAAUCGUAAAUUUAGUUCUGUUUUAGUGAUGAAUCACGUAUCUAUGAGGCGUGCCGAUACAGUUGUACAGAGCAAAGCAACAAUGUUACGUAAGAACUCGGAAAACUAUUCUGGAAAAUUACGAAGGGGCCCAUGA